UAAACUAAAACGAAGCUUUCAAUGUUGAAUUCUUACCGAAUUGGGAUGUGCGCGGCGGAGAAGACCGGUGUCGAUCAUAUUUCUGAGUUACCGGUUCACCUUCUCCACCGAAUCUUGUCUAAGCUUCCCCUCAACGAAGCCGGCCGGACCACCGUCCUCGGCAAGCCAUGGCGUAGAGCGUGGGAUUCCUUUCUCAUCUCCGACUUCGACGAUGAAUUUUUUCCCAACAGGGAUUCAUGUACCGAUCCUUUCGUUCCUUUCGUAAAUGAGCAUCUCCAAAGACUCUGCAACCAACAGAGGCUUUCUCUACAAAGAUUCAAAUUAUGCGUCAAGUAUUAUCACUUCGAACUGCGCAAUUAUAUCGAUGAUUGGAUUAACUUGGCCGCAGCUCACCAUGUUAAGCAUCUUCAUCUGAAUCGACCGGUAUACACUCUUUUUUCUGUUUUCCCUUCCAGCAUCUACGCUCAUUCUCUCCAAGUUCUAGAGCUUCGUAGCGGUCAGCUGAGGGAGCCUGAAGGUUACUCCAUUGAUUCUCUGAAAUUUCCUUCACUGAAACAGCUCCACCUCCAGGAAAUAGAAUUAACUGAAAACUUUCUUACGAGUCUCGUCAAUUCCUGCCCAUUACUUGAACAACUUUCUAUAAUCAUCUGUCAGGGCUUGUUAGAUCUUCGACUCUGCGGUUUGGCGAAACUCAAAUCCCUUAAAGUCUACCAGGUCUGCAUUCAAACUCUCCGCAUUGAUCAGGCGGAGAGUCUCGAAUCGCUCAUACAUUGCGUGAGUUAUAAAGGCCACCCAUGCGAUGUGAAGAUAACGGGUUGUAAGAAAUUGAAGGUGUUGAAAUUUGUAAGUAUGCCAAUUUGUAAACAAUGGUUAGCAUUGUUGUCUGAUUUCCCAGCCCUUGAAACUCUGCAAAUCCGCCAGUGCACCAUCCAUGGUACACUGAAUCUAUCAAAUCGUCACCUUAAACAUCUCGAUCUUUCCACCCGAGAUCUCCAUCCCUCUUGCCCUGUUCUCCACGACUCCAUUAAUCUACACUCAUUCACCUACAGAGGACACAUCAAACCCCGUUGGCUACAGUUUAUCAACACAUCAACCGUUCAAACUGCAAAAUUCUCAAGCAAAAACUGUGAAUUUGCACAUCUCGUCCCGGAGCCCCAAGGUGCUAUGCGAGACAUUGAUGAACAUAACGAAGGAAUUAUGUUGCGCGCUAAGUCAAUAUAG